AGCAGAGGAGAGGAAGAUGAAGUUGCAGAAGCACAGAGAGACUCUCAGAUCAUCAGGUGGUGCUCCACAUAUCUCAGACAUGAGGAUUGUACUGCUGGGAAGCAGAUGGGAGGGGAAGAGUUCAUCAGGAAACACCAUCCUGGGAAGAAAGGAGUUUGAUACCUCAGAAAGAACAGCUGAGUGUGUGAAGAGAGAGGGAGAAACAGCAGGGAGACACGUCACUGUAGUGGAGGCACCCGGAUGGGUUCGCAGUUUGUCUGUAGUGAACACUCCUGAGCGUGAUAAACAAGAGAUUGUCCUCAGUGUGUCUCUGUGUCCUCCAGGACCCCAUGCUGUACUGCUGGUCAUUAAUGCGACUGAGCCAUUCACAGAGACACAAAGAAGAGCAGUGCAGGAACACCUGGAGCUUCUGGGUGAGAGAGUCUGGAGUCACACUAUAGUGCUGUUCAUCUGUGGAGACUGUCUGGGAAACACAACCAUUGAGCAUCACAUUGAGAGAGAAGGAAAAGCUGUGCAGUGGGUUGUAGAGAAAUGUGGGAACAGGUAUCAUGUUGUAGAGAAUCGCAAGAGCGAUGGUGGCCAGGUGACAGAGCUGCUGGAGAAGAUAGAAGAGAUGGUGGCAGGAAACAGAGGCCAUCACUUUGACUUUGAUGCAAAGAUUAUGAAAGAACUGAUGAUGAGGAAGAAGGAAGAUGAGAGAAGAGCA